AUGACUCGAGUUUCUGUACUUCCCUUCCUUCUCCUGCCGAUAACUAUACUAGUACUACUGCUGUCAUGUUACCGGAAUAUUCUAAUAGAUGCCACCGGCGGCAAGUGGGACCUACUUCGAUUCAACAUUGGCAUAUCAGCCAUGCACAUGCAACUCCUCAACAACGAUAAAGUGAUUAUCUUAGAUCGGACAGGUUUUGGUCCGUCCAACAUCUCACUGCCCAAUGGGAGAUGCCGGAAUGACACAAUCACCCUGAAAAUUGACUGCACCGCCCACUCGGUGGAGUACGACUUGGCCAGCAACUCUGUCCGCCCCCUCAUGGUCCUCACUAACACCUGGUGCUCUUCCGGCGCUGCCAUGCCGGAUGGAACUUUAAUCCAAACUGGAGGGUCUAACGAUGGUGACCAUAAUGUCAGAACCUUCAAACCCUGCAUUGAUAAUGCUUGUGACUGGCAAGAAAACAACAGUGUUCUUGCACAAAGAAGAUGGUACGCCACCAAUCAUAUUUUGCCGGACGGGAGGCAAAUUAUUAUCGGCGGUCGCGGGCAGUUUAAUUAUGAAUUUUACCCGAAAACACACUCAGCUGAUAAAUUGCACGAUUUGCCAUUUCUGACUCAGACGAAUGAUAGAAACACCGAGAACAAUUUGUAUCCAUUUGUAUUUCUGAAUGUGGAUGGGAAUUUGUUCAUUUUUGCCAACAAUCGAGCUAUUUUGUUCGAUUAUACUAAAGGGGUGGUGGUGAAAACUUACCCGACAAUGCCUGGCGGGGAUCCAAGAAAUUAUCCGAGUACUGGGUCUGCUGUUUUGCUUCCAUUGAAGAACUUGCAAGUGGAAGCGAUUGAAGCUGAAGUUUUGGUGUGUGCACUUAGCACCUGCGGAAGAAUUCAAAUAACCGAUGCCAAUCCACAAUGGGCAAUGGAGACCAUGCCUUUAGCAAGAGUCAUGGGUGACAUGGUAUUGUUACCAAAUGGCAAAGUCUUGAUCAUCAAUGGGGCAUCUAUGGGUACGGCAGGGUGGGAAUUAGGUCGGAACCCAGUUUUGUCACCAGUUAUUUACAAACCUGACAAUCUAAGUGGAUCAAGAUUUGAAGUACAGAACUCUAGUUCUACGCCGCGAAUGUAUCAUUCAACCGCAAUAUUGCUUCGUGAUGGCCGGGUUUUGGUCGGUGGUAGCAAUCCUCAUCAAUAUGACAGUUUCAUGGGAGUUCAAUUUCCUACAGAUUUAACCUUGGAAGCAUUUUCACCUGCGUAUUUAGAUCCAAAUAUUGCGUGGUUGCGUCCAAAUAUAAUUUCACCUGCUUCACAAUCUAAUAUCGGGUAUGGACAACAACUUGCUGUUCGGUUCGGUAUUCCUCCAGGCAGGUUAAAUAGGAAUUCCGUCAUAGUAACAAUGGUUGCACCUUCUUUUACUACACAUUCAUUUUCAAUGAAUCAAAGGUUAUUGGUAUUGAGUGGAGGGGACAUAAAGGCAGUUGGGCGAUUGAAAUAUCAAAUUCGGGUGGUGACACCGGGUUCACGCAAUCUCACACCACCCGGGUACUAUCUUCUAUUCGUGGUUCAUCAGGAUAUUCCUAGUGAGGGCAUUUGGGUCCACAUGAAAGCCAAUGCACAACAACCAAAGCUCUUUGUUGGGAUGAUUCUUAUUCUUAUUUUUGCUGAAGCACUGGCUCUUUAUGGCCUUAUCGUUGGCAUCAUCCUCUCUUCUCGUGCUGGUCAGUCUAGAGCAGACUAG